AUGGUUCUUGGACAAAAGAAGAAGAAAAAGGCAAAACAGCCAUCUCGCUGCAAUCACAGUGACACACCAACAAGAACAGAUGAACUAAAGAACGACUUUUGGCUGCCCACCAUCAAAAGACGACGGCGCUUCUCUAGCAAGGAAAUCAGAUUAUUACAAAAAGAAUUCAGCAUCAACUGCAGUCCGUGCGCAGACAAGGUGGAAGAAAUUGCAAAGCUAUUCUCUACUGAUAAAAAGAUCAUCACUACCUGGUUUCAAAAUAAAAGAGCCAAAACCAAGAAAUUGCAAGCCAAUUCGCCUCGAACAGUAUCCUCGGUAGAUUAUGAGACAGAACAGGAACAGCAAGAAGAAGAAGAGGAGGAGGAGGAGGAUGACGAGCACUACGACUAUGAUGAUACCACUACAGAACUCUCCAAUACCAAUACUGACAUGGACAGUGAUACUUUUCAUGUCAUGAAUGGUGACACAGCUCUUACUACACCUACCUGUAUUUUGCAUCAACAGGAAUAUCAACAUAUAGUCUCCACACUCAGCAGCCCACAUUACGCGCACAAACAUCUAAUUAACUUCUUCUCCACCUACCACUUUGAUUUGUAUUAUCUGACAAUGCAAGAAGAUCAAGAUGAUGCAAGCUCAUUUUUCGCCUACAGCAGUUAA